UAAAAAAUGUUACAAUUUGAAACCUGCAAGUUGGUAAACGUGUUUUGCUGAGUUAGUAAGUAAUUAUAAUUGGUCGCUAUGGGUUUCAUCAGUUGGCUGAAGAGUCUUGGAUUUUGGACAAAAAUGCUCUUGGGCGUGCUCGCAGUCGGCGUUGUCGUUACAGCCAUCACAGUUCCAAUAACCGUAACCGCAAACAACCAGAAAGUUCCCAUUAUACCAUCUUCUAACUCUUCCAGCACUACCACCUCUACUACCACAUCGUCUUCAACCAGCACAGCAUCUAUUACAUCCACGUCAUCUCUCACCAGCACAAUAUCUACUAAUGAAACACCUACUAGCACCACAGAAUCUUCAACCAGCACAGAAUCGACGGAAUCUACCACCAUAUCAUCAACAACCCCAUCUCAACAACACCACCAAUCAUCUACAUCUCCAGAGUCUACAACAUGGUAGAUAGAUUACAACCGAAGAUAAUCGUCUUUGAUUCGCAAAUACAAGAAAUAUCCAGCGAAAUAUCAUGGAAAACUUUUACUCUUAGGACUACCAAAAAUGCAAGUGAAUGAAGAUGUCAAGUUUUCAACCAAAGGAGUCGGGACAUUAAAUAUUUUUUUGAUGCUGUAACAAGUAAUACCCAUGUGAAAUAAAGGCCUUUAAUGGAACAGUUUUU